AUGCUUAUUCCUGUUCUAAUCGCUUCUAUUAUCUCAUCAAUUAAUGCUGCAGCUAUAGUAUCUCGCUCACAGUCCUACCCAUUAUCUCAACCCACUGUACUCGGCCCCAAAACCAGACUGACCAUAGGUAAUAAGGUCAUCGCUCCCGAUGGCUUCGAACGCUCAGCAACUCUUGUCGACGGGGUAUUCCCUGGACCCUUGAUUGCAGCCCAGAAGGGAGAUGACUUUGCCAUUGAAGUGGUCAACGAACUCCGGGACGAGUCGAUGUUUUUGAGUACCAGUGUCCACUGGCAUGGUCUUUACCAGAACGGAACGAACUAUGCCGACGGGGCGUCCUCCGUCACACAAUGCCCCAUUGCGCAGAAUCACUCCUUUUUACACACUUUCUCCGCCCCGAAUCAGGCGGGCACUUACUGGUAUCACAGUCAUUAUUCCGUCCAAUAUUGUGAUGGCUUGAGGGGGCCCCUGGUCAUCUAUGAUCCUCAUGACCCUUUAGCACACAUGUACGACAUCGACGAUGCAAGUACCGUAAUCACACUUUCCGACUGGUAUCAUACUGUAGCCACCGUCUUGCGCUACGUCAUAGGUAAUACCGCCAGCUCUUCGCUCAUCAAUGGACUCGGUCGAUAUGCUGGCGGACCAAUGUCUGCUCUUGCUGUGAUCACCGUUGAGCAGGGAAAACGUUAUCGCAUGCGCCUGAUCUCAAUGUCGUGCGAUCCCAACUUCCAGUUCUCCGUCGAUGGCCAUAACCUAACCGUCAUCGAAGCGGAUGGCGAGCUGACCGAACCUCUGGUGGUAGAUCAGCUCCAGAUUUUUGCGGGUCAGCGCUACUCUGUGGUUUUGGUGGCCGACAAACCGGUGGACAAUUACUGGAUACGCAAUCUUCCUAAUACAGCGAAUGCUUCCUAUGAGGGAGGAACGAACUCUGCUAUCCUGCGCUACAAUGGCGCGCGCGAGGUCGAGCCGGCUACCAUCAAUACUGCAUCCAAAAUCCCAUUGGCAGAGACCAACUUGCAUGCUCUGAUCAAUCCUGGUGCCCCUGGCAUUCCAGAGUAUAGGAAGGCAGAUAUCAACCUCAACCUCGAGGUUUCCGUCAACAACGGAAUCUUCUACGUUAAUAAUGCGACAUUCAAACCCCCCACCGUUCCUGUUCUACUCCAAAUUCUCAGUGGAGCUCAAGAACCGUCUCAGUUGCUCCCAAACGGGAGUGUCAUCGUUCUCAAGGCUGACAAAGUGGUAGAAUUGACAUUGUCAACAACUGGUUUUGGUGGACCCCAUCCCAUACACCUUCACGGGCAUUCCUUUGAUGUCAUACAGAGCGCGGGCAACAGCACCCUCAAUUACGUGAACCCAGUUCGCCGCGAUGUGGUAAGUACUGGCAGCCCUGGGCAGCAAGUGGUGAUACGAUGGGUGACCGACAAUUCUGGCCCUUGGUUCUUGCAUUGUCAUAUUGACUGGCAUCUCGAAGCCGGUCUUGCGGUGGUAAUGGCGGAAAGUCCCUCAGGUACCCGCGCACAUCUGAACCACAUGCCACAUGCAUGGGAUCAAUUGUGUCCGACCUUUGACUCUCUAACGCCCUCGCAGUUAGGAGGUGGAGAUCUCAAGUCUUAUGAAGAAGCAGCUAAUAUUUCCACUCUUCUUUACCCACCACCGCCCCUCCCUUCAAUGAAGUAA